UCCAAGGAUCUGACCACAUUCAAGAGGAAAAAUGGUGCAGUAUAAAGUGACCGUAUUCACUGGUGAUCGCCUUAAUUCCACUACUCUUAACAAUGUCUUCAUUAAGCUGGUGGGCACAGAUGGGGAGAGUGAUCGUACGUGGCUCAUGGGCUUGAAAGGGGCUACAUCCUUCGUUAUAGGAGCCGUAUCAAAGUUUAAGGUGUCCUGCCCCACUUCGCUUGGAAAUCUUGUGCUGAUAGAGUUAGACAAACAGUCUCUCCCACUGUUCCCGGAGGACGCUUGGUUUUGUGCCAAGGUGGAAGUGAAAUCCCCCGAAGGAGACAUCUACAGCUUUCCCAUCUACCGCUGGAUUGCUGAUAGCAAGGUGCACCGCUUCAGGGAUGGAAAAGCUCUGAGAGUCUUUGAAGACAACCAUCAUCUUGGCAGGUACAGUCGGCAGCAAGAGAUUCAGCAGCGAGAGGAAGACUAUCGACUGACUGAGCUGAAGCUGAAGGGACUGGAUAACUGUAAGAAGAAGUGGGAUAAUAUUGACAGCAUCAAUCGAGUGUUGUGCUGCAAAAAGACUGACAUAUCAGAAUAUGUUCAUGAACACUGGAAAGAGGAUGCUUUCUUCAACCCCAUGUUGAUUCAGCUUUGUACAGCCCUGCCCAGUAACUUCCCUGUCACUGAUGACAUGGUCUUUCCCCAUGGCCAGUGCAGCCUGGCAGAUGAAAUGAAGAAAGGGAACAUAUUCCUGUGUGACUACAAGCUUCUGGAUGGAGUAAAAGCAAACACCAUCAAUGGGAAGAAGCAGUACUUGAUGGCUCCUCUCGUCCUGCUCCACAAAGAUCCUCAUGAUAAGCUAAUGCCGAUUGCCAUUCAGCUGAAGCAGACUCCAUCAGAUGACAACCCGAUCUUUCUUCCUACUGAUUCUGAGUACGACUGGUUGAUCGCCAAGAUUUUUGUAAGAAGUGCAGAUUUCAAUGAGCAUCAGCUCAAUGUUCACCUUCUGCGCACGCACUUGCUGGCUGAGGUUUUUGCAGUGUCACUGCUGCGCAACGUGCCCAUGGUGCAUCCUCUGUACAAGCUCCUCAAUCCUCACACGCGCUACACUAUGCAGAUCAACUUCUUAGCUCGGCGUCUUCUAAUUUCUGACACUGGCAAUUUCACUCAGUUUGCAUCAUCAGGUGGAGAGGGCAUGUUUACCAUCCUACAGAGGUCAGUGUCCUCAUUAACCUACAGCUCCCUCUGCAUACCUGAUGACAUUGCUGAACGUGGCGUGGAGGCUGUGCCAAACUUCUACUACAGGGAUGAUGGACUAAAGGUUUGGGAUAUCAUCCACAGGUUUGUGCAGGGAAUGCUCGGCUACUACUACAAGAGUGACCGUGAGGUCCAGGAGGACUCUGAACUUCAGAAGUGGAUUUUGGACAUUUUUGAACACGGGUUCCUUUCUCAAGCAGAAACAGGAAUUCCUCAGACAUUUACCAGUGUGACUGAGUUGAUCAAGUUUGUCACCAUGGUGAUCUACACCUGCUCAGCCCAGCAUGCAGCUGUGAACAGUGGACAGUUUGACUAUGCUGGCUGGAUGCCCAACACUCCCAUCUCCCUGCAACUCCCACCACCGACCAAAAAGGGGACGACAAGCGAGGCCACGAUGUUGGCGACCUUCCCUGAUGUCAACGUAACAGUUCAGGGCAUGGCCACCGUGUGGCUCCUCAGCAAGCAGUCCAGUGACUUUGUCCCUCUUGGCCAGUACCCAGAGGAGCAUUUCACUGAGGAGAUUCCUCGCAAGAUAUUAAAGGAUUUUCAGGCGGAGCUUGAAAUUUUGAGUGGAGUCAUCAAAGCCAGAAACAACCACUUAAACGUGCCAUACACCUACAUGGAUCCAGCAGUGGUAGAAAACAGUGUGGCCAUUUGAAUAUUAGAAGAUAAGAAGACAAAUUUAGCUUUUCAAGCGAAAGCAGGGAAAGAAAUGUAAGUUCUGAGUUUUACUGAUGAAAUGGUGCAACGAACUUACUGCUUCUGAUCAUUGUAUGCUGAUUUGCGAUUUUUACUUAUCUGUUGAAAUAUGUCUGGGUAACAUUUUCAUCACUCUAUGAGAGUGUCUGCUCUGAGCCAGAGUCUUACUAAAACUUUACCAAAUUACAUUGCUUAUAUUUUCAUUAUUUUAAUGUGUUGUUGUGUUUCUCCCACACAGAUUUGCUUUAUUCAUUAAAAAUAUAUUGCAUUACUCCCAAAUCAACAAGCAUUGUUAUUCUGUUAUUGAAUUAGUCCUUGACCUUUGUUUUAAUCACCAAAAAUAAGCACUGUUUUAUGCUUUUAUGCCUCA